GCUCGCAGUUUCGCGCGAUACUCCGUGAACAGAGGCCUUGUUCAGCCUGGCGAGCGUAUUCGCGUCGUAAACGCGGAGUCGAGCGGUGUCGCGUGCUCGCACAUGAAAGAACGCUCGAACCGGCGAUUCGAGGCCGGUGAGUUCGAGGUAUCUCGACGUUCGCGCGCGAAAAGAGGCACCCCGGACUCUCUCGUCGUCGUCGUGAAAUCGCGACGUGACGUGAGAUGCAUUUCCUCAGCGUGACUCAGAGAAUUCGACUGACCGGUGUCACGUUGCUUCCUCAUCGCCUCCGUGAUCUGGGAAUAAUAUCGUUAACUGUGUUAAUUUGGCACGCGCGACUGACGUGACGUGACGAAGUGACUUCGCGGAUCACGUAAAUGCCGCCGUUGUUUUCACUCGGAAACUUAUGCUCCGGUCGAGAGAAGCUAGGUCGGAGUGGUUAGAAAACACCGCUUCUUCCCGAACGUUCGCGCUGUGUGCAUAUAGUAAAAUUUAAUUAACCGGCCAGAAUAAUGCGUCACGUUGGUCCCCAAAGUUCUAAACAUUGUUACGCUGCAUUAUUCGCGACUUAUUUCUCCGGAGGCUCCGGAGAGUUCCCGAGAGCGCUGUCGAAACGUCCAUGAGAGAGAAAGAAAACGUCGAAUUUCGGAGAAAUGAUAUUCCUCACGGAUUUCGCUUGAGUAUAUCGAUACUUUCAGGAAUGUUGAUUGUGUUUGAGUCACGGAGUCUCAAUAAUCUCAAUAAUAUACGAGUAAUUCCGCCGAAAUUAAGCGCAAAGUUCGGCCGAUUGAAUGUAAAUCCUAGUGACGCGUCGCUCGGGAAAUCAACAAUCGGUCGAUCGCAGUUCUCAUUCCGAUAAAGCUCGACCGAUACGAUAUCUAGGUUGGCGCAUAUAAUUAACUCGUCGCUCUGGCAUGUACGGAUGACCCACUCGCGCGGAAAACGGUCAUGCACUCUAAAUACAUCGGUCGCGGACGCUUUUAACCCUUUGUCCGAAAAGCAUUUCGAGCUGUAUACCAUUCACUACAUUAUAAAGAGAAUGCCCUCCCUCUCUUCAUUGUGCUUCCUUUUAUUUGCGGGCACACCUUUCGGCCCACUUUAUAUCGGAUAAAACUGACCCCGAUAAUUCAGCGAAGCUUUCGAAGCACAAAUUUCGAAAAUAGAAUUCUCGAAGGUAGAAUUUUCAGGUCGUAAAUGAUCAAGAAUCUUCGAGACUGCAUUCGUUGAUACGUACUUUUUCAUUAAGACAUAUUAAAGGGAUGCUGGAAUCGAUCGUAAAUUACAAAAAUAUCGAUAAGGUAAAGACGAUUGUCAUUGAGACAAUCCUUUUCGUGCUCUUUGCACAUAUAAGUCUCAAGUAAAUAUGUAUUGCUUUGUAUUAUCAUAUAAACAUUUAAUGGAAAACCUAAUUACUAAUAUAUGUAGAAAUCUUUCUGCAGACUUUUCCGAUAUUUAGGUUUCUACAUUCCGAUGUAAAGAUUUUUUGAAAAUUUUCUGAGUGAACUUGCAUUCAGUAUAAGUUAUAAACAAGUACAAGCUAUAGAUCUUUUGUGUCAGAUGACUUACUUUAACUGACAGCGUCUAACUAAUUUACACUUGGAAUAUUAACUUUGAAAUUUUGUAUCGUUUUUUUCAUAUAUUGAGCAACGCUCCAAUUCAUUCUCGCACAUAUUUUUAUCGCGUAAGAGAACUUGUAAUUCUGUGCAACCAAUACAACGUAAGCUUUGCAGAAAACAAAGUCGAUAAAUUUUCCAAAUGUGGCAUCCUCUUAAAAGAGAGUUUGAAAGAAUAAUAGGUCGAUAAAAUUUCGUCAGAAAAGAAUAAGUCUCCUAGUUUUUCUUUCUUCAAACAAAGGUUGAAAACGCGUCGAGACAUUGGAGCGUCAUGUGAAGACGAGCCUUUACGGAACGCACGUGCAAAACUUCAGUUCCCAGUAGCGAUUCAAUGCAACGUGUGCAUGAUAUAUGGUGAAUCAACGGACGAGAAAGCCGCGGUUAGUCCUUUUCCAGACGACGCAUCUCGUCUGUUCAAAGAUGACGCGCGCGUGUAACAGCGACUUAAGGCGCGAAAAUAGAGCCUGUGCAAGCGGUGUUGGUCGUUGUCGCCGUCGUCGUUUGACGGUGGCCCGCACGAACGCUACGCGGCUACGUGUUUAGUCUUUAACUGGAAGCAUCCGCGCAAAGAGCGAGUCGCGGCGUGUCGGUACCGAGGAGUUCGGGAACGACGCGCGGGUCGCGCGAGCACGAGAGGAAUUAAUUUUGGGGAGAGCGAAAGGUCACGACAGAGCAGGAAACAACUCGCAGGAAACGUCGUCAACAGGAAUCGAACUGACAACGACAGCAGUUGCCGGGAAACACGAGACGCGGAUGAAUCUGACGAACGGAACGAUCGGAUUUGAGGUCUCGUCGGCCGUCGGUUCGACGAUCGUUGAAGGAGCCAAGGGAGAACUCAACAUUCCGUGAUUAAAGAAGUUUUUUCAAGAGAAAGAAAGAGAGAGAGACAGAAAGAAAGAGAUAAAUUGCCGGUAGAAUGGAACCGAAAAGAAAUUGUCGAUCGACGAUAGACAUGCUCGAGAAAUCCACGACGGACAAUCCACGAUUGAGGGAAUUGUCGGUCAUGUCGAUACAAAAGACGGGAACCUUCGAGAUUUUGACGAGACAGACGAUGGCUUGGUGUCGUUACUGGGUGCAAACGUUUUCCAUUAGAAUGACAUUGAACAACAUCGGCUUAUUGACGGUGUUCCUCGCGAUAGUGUUGCCGCGAUCAUUCAUUUACAGGCUCGUAUAUCCGAUUUUCAGAUUGGUCUUCGGCACUCUGUAUCCGGCGUACGCGUCUUACAAGGCGGUGCGCACGAAGAACGUCAAGGAAUAUGUCAAAUGGAUGAUGUAUUGGAUCGUGUUCGCGCUGUUCACAUGCGCGGAAACGUUCACCGACGUCUUCUUUAGUUUCUGGUUUCCGUUUUACUAUGAGAUUAAGAUCAUCUUGGUACUCUGGCUGCUAAGUCCGGCCACUAAGGGCUCCAGUAUCCUUUACCGACGCUUCGUGCAUCCGGCGUUAAUCCGCCGCGAGGCUGAGAUCGACGAGGCCCUCGCACGCGCGACAGAACAGGGCUACACGGCGGUUUUACAUCUCGGUACUAAGGGCGUAAAUUAUGCCACUACGGUCCUCAUGCAGACCGCAAUCAAGGGCGGCGGCGGGCUGGUGCAACAAUUGAGGAAAAGUUACAGCCUCAGCGACCUGACCGGCGAGAAGGAGGACGAAAAUAGAAACACACCCGACACGCACGACGAGACGGACAUGCAAGCGGAACCUCGUCGAAGAGAACACGUCGGCAGGAGGGGCUACAGCCCGCGCAGGACCCAGUCCAGCAGCAAUCGUGUAGAGAUGUAUUUUUCCGAAGUGGAUGUCGACGUUCGACAGCCAAGGCCUAGAGAACCCAUAGCUAGUUUAACAAAUAUAAGGUCUUCGGACGACAUAUCUAGUGGAUACAGCAGCGGCGAGGCGCUACAGUCUCAUCGCGCGACCUCUCAGGGUGAUUCGUUAGUGAGAACGUCGAGCGUGGGUGCGAGAACGCGUGUGAAGCCUCGUUCCACCACGAAGAAGACGCCAGAAGACAGGGACGAGGAUUUCGACCGCAUCGAUCGUUCACCUCCCGAAAACACGUCCCUCCCGUCGUCCCUGAAUGUCCUCACUCCCGAACAAGCCGUCGAGCUUUUGCUGUUGCUUUCUCAGAAUCAAUCGAAAGAUCGUCAGACUCCCGAGUGCAUCGUGACGCGCGUUGAUAAGUCCGAGAAAACCGCGAGCGCAAAUCGAUCCGCGGUGAAAAUAGACGAGAGCGAGCCGCCGCCGUCGUCGUCAUCGUCGUCAUCGUCGUCGUUGUCGACGAUGGAAUUGAGCGGCGAAUUCGUCGACGCGGACUCGCCUCGAGUGAACGUGCAAACGGUGCAGACUAUAGAGAUCGAGAAUAUCUCGACGGAAAAUUUAUCGAUAGGCACGCUGACGAAGAACAGCUCGCCGGAUCAAGUGGAUCCGGAUACUUUCGUGAGAGAAACUGAUCUGCGACAGAAUGAACCGCCAAUUGAAUAUACCGACGACGACAAGGUGAAGGGCGAUAGAGCGGUCUCUUCUUCAUCCCCGACGAAGCCCGACGUAGGUGUCGAUCUCAUGACUGACGAGAUCUGCCAGCAAAGAUUCGACGAGCUCAAGCAGCUGUUGGACGAUGCGCACAAAGCGGUGACUGGCAUUGUGUCUUCACGAGAAAGCCUGAAUGCGAUUGAGCAAGGUAAGGAAGACGACGCGAGCGUGCCGGGAACGCGAGCUGACGAUUCGUCGUCGAGCACUCGCGCUCACGAUGUCGCUACACCUCAGCGUUCCGUCACACCGAGCUCUUUGAGUUGCAAUCUCGACGAUGAUAACCGCGCCGGAAAGUAUCAUAAGAAACCCGCGCCGAGAGCGCCACUGGCAAGCCAGGAAGACGGCGUUAACGAGACCGAGUCUGAGAACGCUCUGAAGGCUACCUUGGUUAUUAAAACCGGAACGUUGAGAACGUUUUCUAACGCGGACGUCACGAAGGAUGUUUUUCUGACACACACGCCGGACACCUCGACGAAGAGGAAGAAGAAGUCCGGCAGGCUGCGCGCUAAGGAGAGCUUCUCUAAGUUAUUAACGAUCCCGAAGAAUAUCUUUCAUAGCGCCUUCCACAAGGAGCAGAACGAGUCUUCCUCCAAAGAGGAGGAUUCCAGCUCCACGCAGACCAGCCGCUCGGCGUCGCGGUCGAAUAGCGUCGGAUCUCAAGUGUUCGUGGACGCAUCUACAAAAUGGUCAAGCUCCUCGAAGCAGGAAGUCGAUGUGGAAGAAAUCCCGCUGAGACCGGAGCGCGAUGGCGAUGCCGAGGGCCCCGAUAAGAAUAUUGAUUCUGAAAGAGCUGAUCCUCGGAUUGCAAGUUCGAAUAAAGUCGGGACAGAUCCUAACAAAAUUGGAAACGACAAGGUGGAUGAAGGCGCGGCGAAAAAUACAGAGAAGUUCGAGGAGAUAAGCGUCAGAAAUAAAUCCAAUUUGGAGAUUCAUGAGAUGUCGCGAUCGGCCCGCGAUGGCAGAAAAGAGAUAAUCACCGACAUUAUUUAAGAGCGCUUCGCUACAGAUUCAUAUUUGGACGCGUAAAAUAAUUAAUGGCGUGUACCCGUUUUGUCUGAUGUAUACUUCGAAAUACGAGAAGAGCUUGUUCCUCCUCUCCCACCUCAUUUCCCGUACCUCACUUUGUCUUAAUUGGAAAUCCAGGCAGAAGAGAUGGACUGAUCCGUCUAAGAUCGUAUGAACUAGUUUCUGAGUGUCUUGAUAAUCCACGGAUUAACUCCGGCUCCCUUAAUUGUAACACGUAAUCUGCCCCCCGCAUGAUUGUUAAUUUCUGACAUGGCGUAUUAUAUAACACGACUAAUCUCUAUUUCUGAAACUUCAACGAACGGAUAUUCGCUUGUUCGAGAUAGAAAAGCUGUGCUCUGAUGCUUGAAGUACUCUACUACGGACUUUUCUGUACGGACCAGAUGCGCCUGUCGCGAAUCAAUUCUUAACUCUUCGAUUUCCGGAAUGCUAAGUGCGCUUGUCUCCCUCCCCCUUUAUAUUUCGCGCGGUCUACUAAUCAGUUUCUGACUGAAACGCGACUGAAAUGACAAGAGACACGGGCUGAUUACGUCGCCUGAGUUUCACGCCAGACGCGACAGAAUUGACAAUAAUAUUGUGUUUUCGUGUAUUUCAGAUAACGAGCUUCGCUACCUUGCCUCGUAGUAAGAAGACUAGUAAGAAGAAAGUGGCAUGAAACCUGUCUGCUGCUGACCACAUCAAGGAAUAAGACCAACUUCUCUUCCUCGAGGAAGUAAGAAAAUCUUCGGUGUGCGAAUCUAAUUUUGCACGAGCGGAUUCACACGGGCACACACGGGUCAGCAGCGAUUCAUCGAUUAGGCGAAACGCGCGAUGUGUAUACCACUAAAUGUCUCGAGCACUAGUAUUUCUCCUGACUCAGCCUCUACGACUGCAUCAAUUUAAUUUUUGGAUCGUUAAUCUUUCAUUGUAAGAAGGAAAAUUCAGUCUCUCUCUUUCUCUCUCUCUCUCUCUCCUCUCGCCUUGAUUUAUUCUCGAGCUUAGCGAAUGCGCACGAGACAUUGCGAUAGCCUCUCAUCAUUUUCCCGGAGGAGAGAGAGUAUAAAUAUAUUUUUAAUCGGGAGCUCCGAUGGCCGGGUCGCGAUAACACCGUUGCUCACAGUCAUCCUAAAAUAUUAUUACGUUCGAUAAUUUCCCCAUAUAUAUCUAUCCUAUAAACCAUGUGAGUGAGUUCUAGCUUUUAUAUGGUAACGUUUCGAUAGUGCUGGUAGGGAGAACUUGAUACAUAUUGCACGCAGUAUAUCUGCUUACGGAUAGGCUUUGAUUAUAACGUAAUGAAACUUGCCAUACUUGCGGUGUAGUCACGAACGACGUAGAAAAUAACGACUCGUUCCUGCGAACGAAAUCAACGCGACGACGGCGACGAUGACGACGAUGAGAGGACGUGAGAUGUGAUCGUCGCGGAAACGAUCGAGGAGUCUUGCGACUGUAAAAUCACGUAGAACAACUUUGAUAAUAUUCUAAUCGAACAAAUUAAGUCUAGUCAACGGAGAAAAUGAAUAGAAACUCAGGCCGUACUGAAAUAGUGCCACGCGAUUGCCCGCAAUUCCCCUUUGUUACCGAAUAGUAAUCGCUCGACGGACUGUGUUUAAUAACUACAAUUGUGCGGUGUGCGUCCCGAAAGAUUGUGCGAAUUGUAUUAACUUCAAUUGUAUUUCGCGGAAGUUCGAAAGCUCGAAGAGCGGCGUAUCGAGAAGCGUAGGGAAGUAAUGUGAUCCAGCGCGUAAGGACCAACGAUUCGUCGAAAGUUAAUUUGUGAAGAAAUACUAGAAAUAUCGUUAAUGUUUUGUGAAAAGAUUACUAUGUUUUUCGUGCACUUGCAACCUCCGAAAACGAAGCUUAAUUAAACACUUUGAUAGUGAGUAUCUUACGACACUGGCUGUACUUCUAACUUCUCUUCGUAUCGGUUUUGUCGCGUUCGUAAUUUAGAAUUUAUCUUGCUUGACUCGUAACGCACGAAGUAAACGUUCACCUCGACUAAUUUUCACGAUUAUAUUCAUCUCGUAUAUCAGGCGUUAUAUAUUCUUUGACACGAAUUUUCUAGAGUUUCCGAGUUUCAACUUUAUGCUUAUGAAUCUCCUAGAGGCCAAUUAACUCUACUUUUUGUAGAUUCCUCAAUUUUGUAAACUUAAUUGAUCACAUAUAUCCUCUGAUGCUAAAAUUAAGAAAUUACAAAAAAAAGUGGAAUAGUUUGGCUUCUAAGAGAUUCAUAUAUACUUAAAGUUGAAAAUCAUGCGAACAAUCUUGUGAUGGUAGGCAUAUAUGACACCUGGUGUACGAUAUAUUGUUUCAUUACAGCGAGCGAUUUCAUCGUACGCCGUAGAAGACUUACGCACAAGAGCUAUGAUUGCUUCGAAUUUAGUUAGUACUCGGAUAGUAGAAAUCCCUAAAAGUCGUUUUAAAAACACUUAAAAAACGCCUAAAGAAAUAGUACAUUUUUUAGACGUCUUAACGUCUUUUAGAAGUUUCCGUUACCUGAGUAUGCGUUUACGGAUUCGUACAUAUAGUUUAUCGUGCCGUACUGUAAAUGUUCAUUGUGUAGUUUAGACAAAAUUAACAAUAAUGUGAAUAUAAAAAGGAAAAAAAAAGGAGAAAGAAUAAGUAACGACGCGGGACGUGGCGUUAAUUUAUAUUAGUUGAACACUCGACGAGCGAGAUACUCGAUUUGUUACUUGACUAACGAUUGUUAAUUUUACGUGUAUAUGUUCUAAGCGAAGUUCACGAUGUAUAAUCGAUAAAGUAAAAUGUAGCAAAUACUCCGAUUCACACCGCAAUGUAAAAAUCAUGUAAAUGCGAUCGAUACGAAGGAAUAAUUGUAUCGUUAUUGAUGCGGGAUAGAUAUUUUUAUCGAAAGCAAUUAUAACGAAUAUUCGAAACUAAGAUCUCACAUUUGCUGCAUUUUACUUGCAUCUUCUAACGCGACUCGUUAAAAAACGUUAAUUCGUACUCGUCCCAAACUUUAUAUGUGUGAGAGUAUGUGAUAAAAGAGAAAGAGUGUAUAUGGUGUGUGUGUGUGUGUGUGUGUGUGUGUGUGUGUGUGUGUGUGUGUGUGUGUGCUCGCGCGGUGGUUGUGUAUAUGUGAAUGAGAAAAAACAAGCUCAACUACAAAUCUCUACCGCUAUUAAAUACGGUCAGUUUCCUAGAUCUUAUAUAUCACUUGUUCUUUGUAAGUAUUACGCCUCUGGAGCAUAAAUUGUGUGUCCCGAGCUAUUAUGGUGCUGCAAACUUUAUAAUUUGUUUCAUCAAUUACGUACCUCCUCAGCGAAAAAAAUGAGAAAAAACAAAACCGAGAAUACUUUUAAUGUAAAGUUACUCUGCUUCUGGCGUUCUCGAAAAAUGGCCGAAAAUACAAAAUGAGGUCUGUUUAGCAGUAAUUCAGUUCAGAUAUAGUGUAGUGAAUAAAUGAUAUUGAAGUGCGAUAUA